UGAUAAUUAACAUUAACUUUGAUGAACCAGUAUGACUCUCAAUCAAAUGCUUCUCUUUUUCAUACAAAUAACAUUACAUUCCUAUUCUGGGGAUAUCAGUAUUGUGGCUAUUGCCAGUAUAACAACAUUGUUGUUCAUAUGCUGUACAUUUUCUUGGUUAAUGUUCCCAAAUUUCAUCCUUGAAAAUGGUCUUUCUGUGCUCUGGCCCCUAUGAAAACCAUACACAGGCAACUCUUCUUACGUUCAGGUGAGUAUACAUUGUAUCUAGGGAAAAAUUUUCAUGAUUGGGACCUUCACUAUUAACAGAAAUAAUCAAAAUUUCACCUCAUUAUUACGCAGCUUUAAUCCUUUUCUCAAGACAUUUGCAGGUCCUAAAUACAAUUAUGUUUAAUAAUGAAAUCUUUGAGCAAAUUUAGAGAGGCUGUCGACUACAUUUAUCAUGUUGCUUGUAGUUUUUGCUAUCAAAGUAUUGAAAAGGCUACCUUCAUUUCCAAGCAGAUAAGAAGGAAAUUUGGCUACCAUGUUGAAGCGUUCUUUGUUAUAUUAACUUCUGCACAAUUUCAUUUGUUAUUCUACUCUACACGACCGCUGCCCAAUAUAUUUGCUUUUUGUUUAGUUACCUUGGCGUAUUCUUCCUGGUUCAGGGGAGAUGCUUUGUCAACAUUGAAAUGUCUGACCAUUGCUACAGCUGUAUUUAGAUGUGAUACUGUGCUGCUAUUUGGAACUAUUGGCAUUUCGCUUUUGCUAAGCAAGUCAGUUUCAAUGAAGGAAGCUAUUAAAUGCUGCAUCAGUACUGCAUUUCUUUGCAUAGGUUUGACAAUUCUGGUUGAUACAAUAAUGUGGGGGAGAGUUCUGUGGCCUGAACUUGAAGUUUUCUGGUUUAACUCUGUUCUAAAUCGGAGUUCAGAAUGGGGUACACAUGCAUUUCACUGGUACUUCACUUCUGCACUUCCCCGAUCUUUACUUGUAGCAUAUCCACUCUUCAUGUUAGCAUUGCUGCUUGACCGCCGACUUUGGCAGUACAUUGUCCCUGUGUUUUCUUUUGUUCUAAUUUACUCAAAACUUCCGCACAAGGAACUCCGUUUCAUUAUAGGUGCUGUUCCUAUUUUUAAUGUAGCAGCAGCAAUCACAGCCAGCAGGGUAUAUAACAACAGGAAGAAAACUCUUUGGAGGUGGCUUUACAUCGGAAUGCUUGUCUCCAUUCUUAUUAGUCUAGGAUGCUCCAUUGUGACAUUCAUGGCAUCUUAUGAAAAUUAUCCUGGAGGUUAUGCUCUAAAAGCUCUACAUCAGUCUGUUGGGACAACGAAUACAACAAUGGACAGGCGGGUUCAUAUUGAUUCCUUUGCUGCAAUGAAUGGUGUAUCCCGUUUCCUUGAGAAUAACCCUCCAUGGAGGUAUUCAAAAGAAGAAGGGAUUACCUUGGCAGAGUACCAUACCAGAAAUUUUACCUACUUGCUAAGUGAACAUUCAAAAAUUGAUGGCUUCCAAUGCUUAUUUUUUGUUGAUGGAUUCUCAAAAGCCCGUCUUCGAAUUGGUUUUCCACCAAUUAUAUUGCUAAGGGAACCAAAAGUGUUUGUCCAUGGUAAUAUAGGACAUGAAGAUAUUGCCCUCUCAAACUGGCCAGGCUGCCUGUGAUUAUCAUUAUGGAUGCAUUGGCCCUCAGUUCAGAGAAACUUACAAAGAAAAGUCAGUGUUUUAUUUUUAGAAAAUUUUUGAUUUUUAUCCAUGAAUCCAUUACAAUGAAUUAUUCAAUCCUCCAAAGUGCUGUCAUAUAUUAUAUUUUUUAUUUAUAGGUUAUUAUGGAAAUCAACAUCAUAUUUAUUUAUGGGGCAACCUUAUUAAUGUAACUUUAGGGACAUAUAUUAAACUGUUUGUUUGAUGAACA